CUGGAGCCAUUAUCCAAAGACUUGGCCCUUUGCACAGCCCCCUGACCCGUGGCCUCAGCCUGCAUUGCUGGGCAAAUAUUUGCGUUUGCCCAAACAAGGUUAGACUUGCUAAAGAUCCUGCAAAACACUACACAACCGAGAGGAUUUGCGGUUUGCCUUUUUUUUUCCGCACAAAAACACCCCUCACGCAAUCCUUUGAACUUGGAUCUAUAGCGGGGGAAAAAGCCCACCCUCAGCUCUGCCUGGUGUGGAAUUGGACAUAUUCGAAUUUCCCUGUUCUCUGGAAGGCGAAGGGGAAGAAAAUGAAGACUCUUGUUGCUUGUUUUGUGGUGCUGCCGCUGCUGAUUGUGUCGGAAAUCCAGAGUUUUGACUUUGUUGUGGAAGAAGAUUCAGAGAAACUCGCAGAACGGUUUGACUUGGAGACCAGGGGCUUCAUCUUAAACCCUCAGCUACGAAGGGGCAGAUUUCAGAGAAGCACCUCCGACUCUGAAGAUGAGGAAAAAUUGCUUCUUGGGGAUGACAAAAUCAUCCUCCACAGCUACAAGAUCCAGUCCACCAUCACAUCCCGCAUGGCCAACACGAUGGUCCAGACCAUAGUGGAAAACAGAGCCAAGCACUCGCAGAAUCUGGUUUUUGAUGUCCAGAUCCCCAAAGAGGCCUUUAUCCACAAUUUUACUAUGAACGUUAACGGUAUCACAUUUACUAGUUCAAUUAAGGAAAAAUCGGCCGCUCGGAGUCAGUAUGCAAAGGCGAAGGCCAAAGGCAAAGCUGCCGCGAUCCUCAGGAGCAAUGCUUUUGACAUGGAGAACUUCAAAGCCGAACUCAACGUCCCAAGUGGAACCAAAGUCCAGUUUGAAAUUCAUUACCAAGAGUCCAUCCGGAGGAAAUUAUCCACCUACGAACAUAUUAUCCCAGUACAGCCAGGGAGGCUGGCUAAACAUUUGGAGGUUAAUGUCCACAUUAUUGAGCCCCAAGGGAUUAGUUUUGUCCACGUCCCGAACAUCUUCGGUGAGCAGUUUACUGAUGCAACUACAGUCAACACAGGAGAGAAAAAGGCACACGUCUCCUUCAAACCAAGCCUGGCCCAGCAACGGAAGUGCUCCAAUUGCACUACCACAGCCGUGGAAGGCAACCUGGUGCUGACCUACGACGUCAACAGGGAUACGAAAGCUGGAGAGCUGGAGAUCUUUAAUGGGUAUUUUGUCCACUACUUCGCUCCGGAUAACUUGGAUCCUCUGCCGAAAAACAUCCUCUUUGUCAUCGAUGUCAGCGGCUCCAUGUGGGGAAUAAAAAUGAAACAGACAGUCGAGGCGAUGAAGACCAUUCUGGGUGACCUCCGAUCCGAUGACCAGUUUUCCAUCCUGGAUUUCAACCACAAUGUCCGGUGCUGGAGGGACAGUUUGGUGCAAGCCUCCAAAAUCCAGACAGAUGCAGCCAAGAAGUAUAUUGAAGGAAUCCACCCCAAUGGAGGAACUAACAUCAAUGAUGCUCUUCUCCGGGCCAUGUUUAUUUUAAAUGAAGCCAAUGCUUUGGGGAUGUUGGAUCCAAGUUCUGUCUCCAUGAUAAUAUUGGUAUCGGAUGGAGACCCAACUGUUGGAGAACUAAAACUGCCGACAAUUCAGAAAAACGUGAAGAAGCAUAAUCGGGAUGAUAUCUCUUUGUUCUGUCUUGGAAUCGGCUUUGACGUGGACUAUGAUUUUCUGAAGAGAUUGGCGACUGAAAACAACGGAGCCGCACAACGGAUCUUUGGGAAUCAAGAGACCUCUUCCCAAAUGAAGAAAUUCUACAACCAGGUUUCUACCCCGCUUCUCAAAAAACUGGACUUCAACUAUCCCGAAGGCUUGGUGUCUGACGUAACCCAGAGCACCUUCCAACAUUAUUUUGGAGGGUCAGAGAUUGUGGUGUCGGGAAAAGUUGACACUGAAAAAGUGCAGCAUUUGCAGAGCAUGGUAACAGCCACAGCGUCCAAUGCGCAGUUAAUCUUGGAGACCCUGGCGGAUGUUGAGGGACUGGAUGAGUUCCUGUAUAAGGAUAAGCACGCCGAUCCCAAAUUCACGGAAAAGUUGUGGGCCUACCUGACUGUCAACCAACUCAUGGCUGAAAGAAACGUGGCUCUUUCGGCUGCCGCGAAGAGGAACAUCACCAAGGCCAUUUUGCAAAUGUCUCUGGAUCAUCACAUCGUGACCCCUUACACAGCUAUGCUGAUCGAGAGCCCAGAUGGGGAUGAGCUGAUGCUGGCUGACUCCCCUCAGGAUCGCAAGAGGGCCUGUUGUCCAGGUGCUCUAACCAUUGGACAGCCCAAGCCCGAGAAGCCCAUCCCUGCUUGGCACGGCUCCAAAGACACACAAUCGGCACUUAUGGGUCCAACUGCAGCAGCUGUACACACAGGGUCCAUAGUUAUUGGCCAAGCACCAACGGACAACUCCAUUCCUUCAUGGGCAAAGCCCACAAAGAAAUCUGGAGGCCCUUUACCUGCUAUCAUGGGUCCAACCUCUGCCAUAGAUGCAGGAUCUUUAAUUUUUGGGCACCACAAACCUGGUAACUCCAGCAUCUUGUCCAAGAACCCAGAUGACACUAAGAGCAUACAUUCAGUGGACAACGAUCCCCAUUUCAUCAUCUCCCUCCCGAGGCAACAGAAGGACAUCUGCUUCAAUAUUGAUUCUCAACCAGGGGCCAUCCUGAAUUUAAUUUCAGAUGUGGAAUCCAGAAUCACAAUUAACGGGAAACUCAUUGGAGCCAAGAGGUUCUUGCAUAACAAACUCAACACCUACUUUGGCAAGAUUGGGUUUAAUUUUGAAGCGAAAGGCCUGAAGGUCGAAGUCAGUCCCGAGGCGAUCACCUUGAAGGACGGUUCUUCCACCACUUCUCUUUCCUGGUCGGAGACAGGAAGUCUCAUUCGGAGGAGGUUGCUGGUCUCGAUCAAGAAAGAGAGCAACGUGACUCUCACCCUAGACGGGGAUCUGACCUUUAUGGUCCUGCUCCAUCGGGUUUGGAAGAAGCACCCUGUGAACGUGGAUUUCUUGGGCAUCUACAUCCCUCCGGCAAAUAAUUUCUCCUCCAGUGUGCAUGGCCUCAUUGGUCAGUUCAUGCAGGAACCGGAUGUGGUCAUCUACAAUGAAAGACCAGGACAAGAUCCCGGGAAAUCUGAUGCCACCAUGGAAGUGAAAGGCCAUAAGCUGACCGUCACCCGAGGCCUGCAAAAGGAUUACCGUUCAGACCGUGUGUUUGGGACCAACGUCCAGUGUUGGUUUAUACACAACAACGGCAAAGGAUUCCUCGAUGGCCACUACAGAGAUUACCUUGUCCCUAAUUUAUACAGUUACCUGAAGCGCAUCUGAAGGCUCAGCUUCGAAGCAAGGCAAGGAAACUGUCCGAACGGCCGCGCAACUCAGCCUGUAGCCAAUUCACACGUGCGACAGCAGCCUUCGGGAAGAGCUUCAUCGUGGCCUGCUCCAGCCUAUCACAUUCCUCCCCCCCUUCCACCCCGAAAUUACCCCCCCCCAAAAGGAUAUUUGGACUUUGUGUCACUGGGACUGCUUGUGUAGAACGCAAACCAACACAAUUCCACUUUUGAGCAAAGUUGCAUUUGAAAGCAAACGUGAUCCAAGGGUGCUGGAGAAACAUAGAAAGUUUAUUUUUCCUGACUGUAUAAAGACCGUGUAUCCGAACGG